AUGGAAGGCCAGGCAGAUGGGAACACGGACUGGGACCUGCACCCGCGUGUCAUCGAGUCGCAGGAAGGCUACGGAAUUGGCCCAGAAAUCACAAACUCCAGCUCCGGGUUCGAAGUCCUAUGUGGUCCUCUACUCAAUUACCAGCGUAUGAGUGAUGAAGGCCCCUCGAAUAUCUUCUGGCACGGCUCCGUCCUCCUCGUCACGAAACCCAAUCUAAAUACUCCCAACCUGGAACUAAAGGCCCUCGGUGCGUGGGAUUCCGGCGCAAAGUUCAAGGCUCCGCCGUCGCAGUUGGUGCAAGGAUUGAAGCUCUAUUCUGAUCCGGACAAGACGUUCUGGAGGUUCACUCUCAAGGUUCCCCUGGUUGAGGCGGAAGCAAAAUGGCAAUACUCAAUAGCAAACAUGCAAUUCCUCACCCAUGUCAGCGAAGAGCCGUCGAGGCAGUUUGUAGUUCCUUCUGCCACGCAGUCAAUGCGCAUCAUGUUCCACUCGUGCAAUGGGUUUUCGGUUGGCACGGACGAGGAUUUCUGGUCCGGGCCUGCGCUGUGGCAUGACGUCCUGCGGACUCACGGGCAACGCCCGUUCCAUGUCAUGAUCGGCGGAGGCGACCAGAUUUACAACGAUUCGAUCCGGGUUAAGGGCCCCUUGAAGGAGUGGACAUCCAUCGCCAACCCCAGGAAGAGACGAGAAUACCUGUUCGAUGGAGAUCUGAGGGAUCGAUGCGACAAGUAUUACUUUGAGAACUAUAUACGAUGGUACUCCACCGAACCCUUUGCCUCGGCCAAUUCCCAGAUUCCUCAAAUCAAUAUCUGGGACGACCACGAUAUCAUUGACGGAUUCGGUUCCUAUACCGACCAUUUCAUGAGAUGUGCCGUGUUUCGUGGCCUUGGUGGCGUCAGCUUCAAGUAUUAUUGUUUAUUUCAGCACCAUACCGCCCCGCCCGUUUCGACUUUCACCACCGACGCGCCGAAGACCAUGGGUGCUGAUGCCAAUGGCACGGCAGGGGCUGAUCCGCGCCAACUGAAAAACACGUUUGUGUACAAGAGGACUGCAGAUGACCCCAGUUGGAUUGUUGGUAAACGGCCCGGUCCGUACGUCGAGGAACGGUCGAGAAACCUGUACAUGCGUCUGGGUCGCUCCAUUGCUUUUUGUGGUAUUGACGCGAGAACGGAACGGACGAGGAAGCAAGUCAACUAUCCCGACACAUACGAUUUGAUCUUUGAAAGACUGGAGAAGGAGUUCAGGGCUGCACAUGGAGAAAUCAAGCACUUGAUUCUCCUCCUUGGUGUCCCGAUUGCAUAUCCGCGAUUGGCGUGGCUGGAAAAUAUCCUGACGUCGCCCUUGAUAGCCCCCGUUCGCUUACUGAACAAGAGGUUUGGCUUUGCCGGCGGCUUCUUCAACUCAUUCGACGGUUCUGUUGAUCUCUUGGACGAUCUGGACGACCACUAUACGGCGCGGCACCACAAGACCGAACGCCGCGAGUUGGUUCUUCGGCUGCAAAAACUGUCGGCCGAUUUCUCCGUCCGCAUCACUAUCCUGGGAGGAGACGUGCAUCUCGCAGCGUUGGGUCGCUUCUACUCGACUCCUGCAGAUCAUAUGGACCCGAUGCACGAUCCACGAUACAUGGCGAACAUCAUCUCCAGCGCCAUCACUAAUAAACCACCUCCCCGUGCUGUGGCAAACUUACUAGCGCGGAGAAAUAAAAUCCACCAUCUGAGGGAUGGGAAUACUGAUGAGACGCUUCUCAAGAUGUUCAACAAACAACCAGGGGACGUGAUGAAGGGCGCGGACUGGAAUCAAUGCACUAUGCCAAGCAGAAACUAUGCAUGUAUCACGGAGAUUUCUGACGACGAGGACUCACAGCCAGCAAAUGGUACCCUGAAUGGCUCUGCCAAUCCGCAGCCGACAUCAAGUGUGGUAAAUUCAACAGGCAAGACAGGCAAAUCUCGUCCUCACACGAACAAAGGUGCGACUGACGGACACGGAUAUUUGCACUUAGGCGAGGAGGGGGCGGGAACGACACAUCCAGCCGCAGAUGGUAUUAGUUCGGAGGCAGUAGGACCACCGCUGAGGGGAGGCUUGAACGUCGCGAUCAAGGUCGAGAUCAACAAUCGAGACCCAGAGGGGAGGACGGAGGGGUAUGGGGUGAGCAGUAAGACUCCCGCAUUUUGUUAUACCUGUUGA